ACCUCUCUGACCUCCUGUGUGUCUGCAGUGUCGUCAGGAGUGAACAUUCCCCACCGCUGUAACAGCACCAAGCAUCGCAUCAUCUCCCCCAAGCUGCCCCCCUCCUCCUGCAGGCCCUCCCCCUCCCCACUCCCUCCAGACCUGGGGGAGACCAGGAGGGGAGGAGGGGGAGGAGAAGCCAAACUGCCUCACCUCCAGACUCAGAGCCCUGUGGCGUCUCCCUGCCCCUCCUCCAUCUCUGCCUCGCCCCCCCCACAACCUCACAGAGCCACCAUCACCAUGGGUAACCAUGGCAACGGUUUCUACGGCGACCGCAGCCUGACGACCGUCGCCCUGCCCCAGAACGCAGUCAUCGUCAUGGCAACGGCUGCCUCCAUCACAGGAGCAGCAGGCGGGGGAGGAGCAGGGGGAGGAGGCGGCGACGUGGCCAGGGCGGGUGAGGAGGCCGGACCCAGGAGUCUGUCUCUCACCCGCUCGGCCCAGUUACUCCUGUCUCCCUCCCUCCAACCUCCCUCCACCACCAAGCCUGCCUCCCCCUCCCCUCCCUGCUCCUCCUCCUCACCUACUCCCCCGUCCCUCCCCCCUCCGCCGGUCAAGGCCACCCUCUCCCUCACCCUCCUGCCCUCCCCCGUCAUCGGAGGGCUCCUCCUCACCCCGUCCUCCUCCAACACCUCCGCCUCGCCUCCAUCUCACCCCUCCUCCCCCUCUCCCCCGUCCCUCCCCCCAGCUUUUGACCCCGACUCCUUCCUCAACUCCCCCAAACAGGGACAGACGUACGGCGGCCCCCCUCCCUCCUCCUCCUCAUCCCCGUCCCCCUGCACCUCCUCCCCCUUCUCUCCCCCUCCCCUCGCUCUCUCCCUCUCUCCCACCUCCACUCCCCCCUCUUCUGUCUCCCCCCCCUCCUCCCUCUCCUCCCUCUCGUCCUCCUCCUCUGAGGCGGACAGGAGAGACUCCUCUUCUCUCCCCGUUUCCUCCCCUCCUUCCUCCUCGCCUCCUUCAUCGUCCCUCCCCCCCGCCCUCUCCCUCUCCUUGUCUCCCACGUCCUCGGUGGCCCCGGGCCUCCUCCCCCUGUGCCUGGAGCUGGGAGCUCUGGGGGAGUCUGUGGGGGUGAGGGAGGAGGCGGAGGAGGAGGUGAAUGAUGAUGACGAGGGCAGUGCUCCUCCCUCUAAGCUGGCUCUGCUGCAGACGAGCCACGCCUCCUCCAGUCCGUCUCCACGGCAACAGGCUAGCAGCAGCUCUGCUUCCCUGCUCCUGGUCUGCCAGGACUCCCAGGCUCAGGCCCCGCCUCCUCCUGCCGCCGCCGCCGCCGUCACUGCGACAACCGCUCACCUGGCCACACCCUCGGUCCAGGUCAAGGAGGAGGGGAGGCGGGGCUUCGACUUGGAGGACACCUGCAUGGACACGCAGCCGGGGGCGGAGCCCGAGGGAGGAGGGGAGGAGCUGGACAUCUCUUUUGACAGCCAGUUUCCUGACCUCAUCUCUGACCUCAUCGGCGAGGAGGCCAAUCCCGCGUCGGCUCCACCCGCCGCCGUGACGAGUACGGCCGUGUUCCCGGCGGGGGUCCGCUACAUGGUGCCUCCCCAGCCCUCCCCCUCCUCGUCCUUCCUCCCCUUCCCUCACCCGCAGCCUUCAUCGUCCUCCUCCCGCCUGGCCUCCAUCACUGACUUCUCUCCAGAGUGGUCCUACCCUGAGGGGGGGGUGAAGGUGCUGAUAACGGGCCCGUGGAGUGAGCCGUCCGGCCGAUACUCGUGUGUCUUCGAUCAAAGCACCGUCCCAGCGUCACUGAUCCAGCCCGGGGUGCUUCGCUGCUACUGCCCCGCCCACGAGGCCGGUCUGGUCUCGCUGCAGGUUCUGGAGUCUGGAGGUUCUGUGUCGUCGUCGGUUCUGUUCGAGUACCGAGCGAGGAACGCCAGCUCUCUGCCCAGCUCCCAGCUGGACUGGCUCUCACUGGACGAUAAUCAGUUCAGGAUGUCCAUCCUGGAGAGGCUGGAGCAGAUGGAGCGCAGGAUGUCAGAGAUGGUUGCCCACGGCGACAACAACCACCACCACCAUCACCACCAUCGUCAUCAUCACCAGCUGGCCACGCCCCCUCCACCUCCCCUACCUGAGGACCACCAACAGUCGUCUCAGUGGUUUGAGAGGAGGAUUGUAGGAGUUUGUGAGCGAAUGAUGAAGGGAGGACCGUGGGGGGGAGGAGCAGGAGGAGGAGGAGGAGGAGGAGCAGGAGGAGGAGGAGCAGGAGAGAGGCUUCAUCACUCUCUCCGGCAUCGUGGGAUGACACUGCUCCACCUGGCUGCUGCUCAGGGAUAUACACACCUAAUACACACCCUGAUACACUGGAGGUGUGUGAACAGCGAGAGUUUGGAUCUGGAACAAGAAGUCGAUCCUCUCAAUGUCGACCACUUCUCCUGCACUCCACUGAUGUGGGCAUGUGCUCUGGGCCACCAGGGGGCAGCAGAGCUCCUCUACAGCUGGAACAGUCUGGCUCUAGGGAUCCCUGAUUCGCUGGGGCGCCUUCCUCUCGCCGUAGCCCGCUCCCGGGGCCACACCCGCCUCGCCACAGCCCUGGAGGACCGCCACAGGGACACGGCCACGCCCAUGCCGGUCACGCCCACACCAGCCACGCCUACACCGUCUCCUCUCUCCACCAGCCCAGACACAGGUCUGAGCUCCUCCAGCAGCCUCCCCUCCCCCAGCGACCCCUCCUCCCCCUCUCCUAGCUCCGCCUACUCCAGUGGCCCCGCACCCAUGGACACCUCCCCUUCGUCCUCCUCUUCCUCCCCCUCCUCCCUCCCUCCUGUGUCCAUGUGGGGGGAGGAGCCAAGCCCAGGUUUGAACCCCGGCGGAUCCAGAGACUCCGCCCUCUACCUCAUGGAGUACGAGAGCUCCUCCCCUGACCACGCCUACCUGUCCACGGGGGGCGGGGGGCGGCGUUCUCAUGUAGCGGCGCUGCUGAGCUACAGCGAGAACGCUGAGAACGAGGGCGAGGAAGCGUACCUGGAGGAGGAGGAGGAGGAGGUGCUGCAGGUUGACAUGGCAACUCUGGCGGAGCAAAUCAUCGAGGCCACACCUGAGAGGAUCAAACAGGAGGACUUCCCCCGGGGGGCGGAGUCACCACUUAGAGAGAGGCGGGACAACCCCACCAUACAGGACACCUGGUUGGCUACCUACCUGGAGACGGUCGACGCCCACACACACUCCCCGCCCAGGCGGGUGUGCCCCCCUCCCUCACCCCUCAGCGCGCUGGCUCUCCAGAGGCUCCGCCCCCCGUCCUCUGCGGCAUGGGCGGAGUUCCUGAACGCUUCAGCCAAUGGGAAGAUGGAGAGAGACUUUGCUCUCCUGACACUGACGGACGGCGAGCAGAGGGAGCUGUACGAGGCGGCCAGGAUCAUCCAGAACGCCUUCAGGAGAUACAAGGGCCGGAGGUUAAAGGAGCAGCAGGACAUGGCUGCAGCCGUCAUACAGAGAUGCUACCGCAAGUACAAACAGCUAACAUGGAUAGCUCUGAAGUACGCCCUCUACAAGAAGAUGACCCAGGCGGCCAUCUUGAUCCAGUCCAAGUUCAGGUCUUACUACGAGCAGAAGCGUUUCCAGCAGAGCCGGAGGGCGGCCGUCCUCAUCCAGCAGUACUACCGCAGCUACAAGGAGUACGAGAGGCUGAAGGGGGCUCCUCCCCGAGGCUCCACAAGCCACGCCCCCAAGAUCAAGGGCUCGUUCCUGACCAAGAAACAGGACCAGGCAGCGAGAAAGAUCAUGAGGUUCCUGCGGCGCUGCAGACACAGGAUCAAAGAGCUGAAACAGACGAGGGAGCUGGAGAGGAGAGGACUGACCACCUAACCCCCGUUCAUCCCUUCACCCCUUCAUCCCUUCACCCCUUCAUCCCUUCACCCCUUCACCCCUUCAUCCGUCUCCUGGAGGACCGAGGGACGAUGGAGAGGAUCAGGUUUACUCUGAUGGACAGAAACUGAAGGAGGAAAAGAAGUGACUGACGGAGAGAUGCCUUACCCCACGCCAACUCUUCAUCUAUCUCUAUCUAUCUAUCUAUCUAUCUAUCUAUCUCCUCUCUCUCUCUCUCUCUCCUGGUUGAAUGUAUCUGACGUUUCUUUGACCCUGAGCGUCGUCUCUCAGGAGCUUCAUGCAGUUGUUGGACUCAUGCUGGUGAAGUGCAUGCUGGGACAGAGAGUGGACUUAAAAUGUAAAUGAUGCUAAAUCUAUUUAAAGAGUCCCACGUAGAGAAACACACAUCCAGGGAAUAGGAAUAGAAGUCUAUUGUAAAGUGUCCAUUUACAGCAUAUAUCUGGAUGUUUUUAUUUAUUACAGCAUGAACUGUGUGUGUGUGCUGCACAGACUGAGGUCAAGUCUUAAGGACCCCCCCCCCCCUCAACCUCUGACCUCUGACCUCUGACCCGUCUCUCACAAUCAAAGACACUGCAGAGCCUCCUUCUGGACUACAAACCUGUCGCUCUACCCCACACAGUCCCAAACUACAAACAUGGUGAGAGGUCAGAGGUCAGCCCGGGUCCCUUCUUUCCAUAUCUGAAUCUCUCCGGCAGCGUUGCCGGGUUGUCACGGCGACACCGAGUCUACGAGCACGAGCUUGUUUGUUUUUCUGCGGUGACGCGUUGCAUGAGUUCAGAUUUAAAUGUUGCAAAUGAAACCAGUGACAAAUAAAUCAGCUGUUUGCUACA